CUCACAUUAAGAGAAACCCUUUUAACUUGAGAAGGCAUACAGAUAUAGAGCAUCACAAAAUCCCCGAAACAAAACCGAACCAGUCAUAACCAAGAAGGGGGAAAGCUACUAGAUGAAGCUAGUAGGUGGAAGUUUGAGUCAUUUGGCCUAUUACUACGCACUAGUUAUGAUCUUUUCUCUGAUACAUUGAAUACUUUAUUAAAAACCAUUACAUAACCAAUGUAAAAGCAAAUAUUUAAACGUUAAACAGUCCAAUUCAGCUUUGAAAAAUCCUCCCAGAAGAAGAAGACUAGUCAAUAUUGGUUGCGAUGGCCUUGUAGAGGCAUUAUUAUCUGUUAGAUAAUAUUAAACAUUAAUGAGAAAGUAGAAAUGCUUCUGUAUAAAUACCUUCAUUACUUGUGUCUUAUUUCAUCACCUUCACCUUCAACAUCAAACAUCACAUUUCUUCCUCUUUUCUCUCUUUUUUCUCAGUCUUCAAAGAGUUUCUUAGUAACCCAAAUCAAUGGCAGGUAUCAAAGUUUUCGGACACCCAGCUUCCAUUGCCACCAGGAGAGUCCUCAUCGCCCUCCACGAGAAAAACCUCGACUUUGAGCUCGUUCAUGUCGAACUCAAAGACGGUGAGCACAAGAAGGAGCCUUUCCUCUCCCGCAACCCUUUUGGUCAGGUUCCAGCCUUUGAAGAUGGAGACCUCAAGCUCUUCGAAUCAAGAGCGAUUACUCAGUACAUAGCUCACCGAUAUGAAAACCAAGGAACCAACCUUCUCCAAACCGACUCCAAGAACAUAUCUCAGUACGCAAUCAUGGCCAUUGGAAUGCAAGUAGAAGAUCACCAGUUCGACCCAGUGGCUUCAAAGCUUGCUUUUGAACAAAUAUUCAAGUCCAUCUACGGCUUGACCACAGACGAAGCCGUUGUUGCAGAAGAGGAGGCUAAGUUAGCCAAGGUCCUUGAUGUCUACGAGGCUAGGCUCAAGGAGUUCAAGUAUUUGGCUGGUGAAACUUUCACUUUGACUGAUCUUCACCACAUUCCCGCGAUUCAAUACCUGCUCGGAACUCCCACCAAGAAGCUCUUCACCGAGCGUCCACGUGUCAAUGAGUGGGUGGCUGAAAUCACCAAGAGGCCAGCUUCCGAGAAGGUUCAGUGAGAAAUUUCUAAAAGGAAAAUAUGGUUUUGCUUCAGUCACAGUAAUAAUGCUAAGAUUAAAUAAGCGGCUUUCUCAUUGCCCAAUUUCUCAGUACUUUCUUUCUGUUGUAUCCUCUGUUUUCUUUCAGUUAUGUGAGUGUGUGUGUAUGCUCUUGAGAGUAUCUUUGGCAAAAACUAUUUAUCUAAUCUUCAAGCUAUUCUAAAAUAAAUCAAUUAGUUAACUAAUGCAAAGAUUGCGAUGUCUUAACUAUGGAGAUACUGACUAGUGAGAAUAGUAUGUAAGGACUUUAGUCUGGUGGAAAUCUUACUUUGGAACGUUUCUCCUGGCGAA